UCUCUCUCUCUCCCUCUCUCGGCUCCUCCCACUCUCGGCUCCUCCCACUCUGUUAUAGUCACAUGUUGGGCGAGUGAGGCAGGUAAACUCUCUCACCUGCAGCAGCAGCAGCUGCCGUCACAACUUUAAACCACAGGAUUUUAAAAAUGUCUGAAAGAGAUUAAGAUUAAGAUUGAAGAACCAGAGGAGAGAACAACCUUCAGGUUUUCUGAAUAAUCCCAGGACGACGACUGAAGAAGGAAAAGUGAAGAACAGGUGGUGAGAACAUGAGGAUCAGGACUGAAGUGGUCUUCAUGGUUUGAACUCGAGUCAAAGAUGAGAAGACAUGGACCGGUUUGAAGAAAAGUCAACAAGACGACGACGACCAGGACCAGGACCAGGACCAGAAGUGAAGAACCAGGAUCAGAACCUGGACCACGACCAGAGCUGAAGAACCAGGUUCAGAACCUGGACCACGACCAGUGCUGAAGAACCAGGAUCAGAACCUGGACCACGACCAGAGCUGAAGAACCAGGAUCAGAACCUGGACUAGGACCAGUACUGAAGAACCAGAACCUGGACCACGACCAGAGCUGAAGAACCAGGAUCAGAACCUGGACCAGAGUUGAAGAACCAGGACCAGAACCUGGACCAGGACCAGAGAUGAAGAACCAGGACUGGGACCAGAGCUGAAUAAGGACCAGAACCUGGACCACAGCUGGAAAACCUGAACCAGGACUACAGUCAAAACUGAAGAACCAGGUCCGGUACCUGGACCAGGACUAGGACCCGGAUCACACCUCAGCUGGAGAGCCUGGAUUAACUUUUGACCUCAGGCGGCCAUUUUAAAAUUACUGAAGAAGGAGGAGGAGCUAAAAUGGCGGCCGCUCAGGACACAGACCAGUGAGGACGAAUGACGCGGUCAGCAGUCGUGAUGUUACCGUGCGUCUUCCUGCUGCUGUCCUGUGUUCUGUCCUCUGUCCACAGCUGGAGACCGUGCACAGAUCUGCUGCCUCUUGACCUGCUGACCAGAGCUUUGCCACGCCCAGGACAAGCCCCGCCCCCACAGGUGCAGAUAGUCCAGUCCGGAGGGUCCAGAGGUUUACGACUGAGCGCUGCCAUGACGACGGCGCUGAGUUUUCCCGCCUCACAAAUCUUCACUCACUGCGACUUCUUCCCCGCUGAGUUCUCAUUGGUCGUCACCUUUAAGUCAGCGAGACUCGGACAGAAGAGGAACGAGUACAUCUUCUCUGUGGUGGACCAAAGCUCUGACAACCUGCUGCUGGGACUCCGGGUCUCUGAGAGCCGCCUCCUCUUCCUCACCACGCCCCCCGGUGGUGGACAGCGGCGCCGGCUGAGCUUUGACGACGUGGCCUUAGAUGAUAACCGCUGGCACACCGUGGUGCUCGCCGUCACCGGAGCGCACGCCGCGCUGACCGUUGACUGUGGACUUCCUGUGGAGCUUGAACAGGUUCAGUCCUUCCCCAGCGGUCUGAGCACCAGAGGGUCCAGGUUCUUCCUCGGCAGCAGGAGGAGGUGGAGGGGCCGUUUCUCUGGUUUACUGCGGCAGCUCGUUCUACUCCCUGGCUCCGAUGCCACGCCCAGACUGUGUCCGACCUCUGACCCCCGUCUGGCUGAGCUGUCUGUCCCCCAGGUCCUUAAGUCCAGCCCUCUCCAUCCAGACCAUCAAGGACCAGUUUACCCAUACGAGGCUGAGGUCAGAGUGACAGUAGAACCUCCUCCAUGUUCUGGACCAGAACACGGUCAGCUGUGGUUCAGCGUUCAGCAGAAAGGUCUGUUCAUCUGUGAUGGACAAACAUGGAGGACACUUCUUCAGAAUAAAGAGCGUCUGGAUUACAUCGAGGAUUAUCAGGACCUCUACACCAGCUCAGAGACCUUUGACGUGGAAGUCUUCUCCGUCCCGUCUGAGGGUUUGUUUAUGGCUGCAGCUAACAGGGACUCUCUGUCCGGUUCAGGUCUGUAUAAAUGGACCGGUGGUUCGUUCCAGCUUCACCAAAACAUCAGCACUCAGGAGGCUCGAGCCUGGAGACACUUCACCAUCGACAAGAAGAUUUUCCUCGUGGUGGCUAACUCCAGGGAGGCGGAGCCUGAAUUCUCCGUCAUCUACCGCUGGAGUCGUCGUCAGCGGCGUUUCCUGCGUCAUCAGAGUCUGGAGACUCACGGAGCUCUGGACUGGGAGGCUUUUCAGAUCCACAACCACAGCUUCCUGGUGGUGGCCAAUCACAGACGAGCUCGAGACUCCAAUCACAACAUCCACAGUGUGGUCUACAGGUGGAACCCUCACACUCAGCUGUUUGAGGUAAACCAGACCCUGUUGACGUCCGGUGCGUACGACUGGGAGUUCUUCGUGGUCGGACCGUACCACUUCCUGGUUGUGGCUAACACGUUUGACGGUCGCAGCACGAGCGUGAGCUCCAGUGUGUAUGUGUGGGUGGACGGCUGCUUCCAGACCUUCCAGAACAUUCCGACGGUGGGAGCCACAGAUUGGGAAACGUUCGUCAUCGACGGCAGGUUCUUCAUGGUCGUCGCUAACAGUCAGAGAGUUUCUGUGUCUGAUGCUAACGUUUACAGCAUCAACUCCACUGUGUAUGAACUCAGUUCACUCACUCACUCAUUCAUCCGCUUCCAGGACAUCCUCACUCACAGUGCGGUGGACUGGGAGUUCUUCACCAUCGGAGAUGAGAAGUUCCUGGUCGUGGCUAACUCUUACGACGGCAGCUCGUACUCUCUGAACAGCGUCAUCUACAGGUGGCAGGGAUACGAGGGCUUCGUUCCCGCCCACAGUUUGCCGACGUUCGGCUGCAGAGACUGGGAACACUUCAGCACCGACGAAGGCUCCUUCCUCAUCUACUCCAGCGCCACCACCAGGCUCAGCAAGGUCUUCAAACUAAAGACCUACUGAGUCCAGAACUCCGUGUAUCUAUAAAGUUAAAAGUCAUACGUAAUAUACUUUCACUUUUAUUUAUUUAUUUUCUUUGGUCACGAUAAGCUCUGCUGACAGGGACAGCGCCCCCCAGUGGGGAAAGGACGACAUGUCCAGGAGUGCCUCAGGCUAACGUCUCAUCCUCAUGUUUAAAGUCACGUUUGACUUCAGUGACGAUCCCGACUCAUCGUCAUGUGACUGACGGCUGCUACGUCCUUCAAAGACGUGAUCAAAACCACACUUAACCCCGCCCCUACCCCCGUCACCCCAGCCAAUCAGAGACCAGGACGAGGCGACUAUGAUCCAAACAGGAAUCAAACACAAACACAGCUCCUUCAGACUAAAUUCAGACUUCACGAUGAAAGAAGAUUCUCAGAAGU